AUGAAUAAUUUAUUGUAUUUAUAUAUUAUAGGAGGCACACUAGUUGGAGUUACAUGUUUAUAUUUAUUGAAAUAAUAUAUAAAUGGAGGAGUAUGUAAAAUCAGAAAAGAUAUGACUGGAAAAGUAAUUUUGAUUACAGGUAUUAAUAUAUUAUUCAUAAAUUAGGUGGAAAUGCUGGAAUUGGAGCAGAAGCUGCUAAAAAAUUAGGAGAGAUGGGUGCAGAUAUAAUAAUUGGUUGUAGAGAUUUAUACAAAGCUUAAUAAAUCUUAGAUCAAAUAAAGUCUCAAUCAAGAGCUAAUCAGAAGCUUGUUAUGUUGAAACUUGAUCUAACUGAUCUAAGAGACAUUGACACUUUUGUCUAAUAAUUUAAAGCAUUAAAUAUAAAGCAUAUAGAUAUUUUAAUAAACAAUGCAGGUAUUAUGGCACCUAAAGAAUACAAAAUAAGUAAAUAAGGAUUUGAAUUAUAAUUUGGAACUAAUCAUAUUGGUCAUUUUUACUUGACUUAAAAACUAGUAUUAAGUUUAAUUAAAAUAGCUACCAUUUUUGAGAAAUUCAUAGAAUCCAAGAUUAGUUAAUGUCUCUUCUUUGGCUCAUAAAUCUAGUGAUGGUUUUGAUUUAAAUGAUUUAGAUUGUAAAAGAUUUUCAAAUUCAUCUUUAUGGUCUACAAGAUAUACAAUGAAAGCAUACAGCUAUUCAAAAUUAUGUAAUAUCUUGCAUGCCAUGGAAUUUAGUAAAAAAUAUGGAAUUCCUGCAUAGUAUGUAUUUAAAAUAUAAUAAUAGUUCACUUCAUCCUGGAGUAGUUAGAACAGAGUUAUUUAAUGAAAUAUAUGGAGGUUGGAGAAAAAUAAUUUAUUUUUUAAUUUAUCCUUUUUGGUGGUUCUUUACUAAAUCCCCAGAAUAGGGAGCUUAAACAACAUUAUAUUUAUCAUUAGAAGACUAAGAAAAUUUAUAACCAGGAGGUUAUUAUAAAGAUUGCUCUUAAGCAACUCCCUUAUUUGCUAAUGAAUAAUUAGCAACAUAGUUAUGGGAUAAAAGUAUAUAAAUGUUAAGAGAGAAACAAUUUGAUAUAUCAUAAUAGUGA